GACACAUUCUUUUAUUUACGUUUAGGAAAAAUGCUUAAAAAUUUUUCAUUUGUAGCUAAAUAUUUCAAUCCAAAAAGUAUUGAAUCACUUAAAUAUGCUCAAAUCAAAUGUUAUUGUCAGACUUCAAAAUUAUGUUGGAAUUGCAAAGUGUCAUUAAAUGAAAGUACGGAAAUUUUCUGUCAAAAAUGUAAAAAGAUUCAAGAGAUUCCAAAUGCUGACUACUUCCAACUUUUUGGCAUAGAACAGCAACACAAUAUCGACCAAAAUGCGCUUACAACUAAAUUUAGACAUUUCCAAAAUCAAAUUCAUCCCGACAAGUUUUCCGGCAAACAUGAAAAUGAACAAUCAUUAAGUUCUGAAUGGAGUUCUUUGAUUAAUAAAGCUUACAAAAUAUUGCAAUCACCACUUGAAAGGGCCGAAUAUUUGGUAAGAUUAUGUGGUAUAACACUUCCAGAAAAUAACACAAUCAAUGACCCAGAAUUUCUUAUGGAAAUGAUGGAUAAGAAUGAAGAGGUAGAAAAUUCAGAAACCAAAGAAGAUCUCACAAACAUUCUCCAAAGUCUUCGAGAUGAAAUCACAGAAUUAUCGAACGACUUUUCAACUCAAUUUCAGGCAGGAAAUCUUUCAAAUGCUUUGAUAAUUGUAGCACUUUUUGUGCUUUGUGGAUUAGCAGCAGGUCAUAAAUACAAAUCAGGAGAAUGUCCACAAGUUGAACCCAUGCAAGGUUUUGACAUGAGAAAGUUUCUUGGUGUUUGGCACGCAAUACAAAAAACCUCAACUGCUUCGGAAUGUGUCAUUUAUAACAUCUCACAAGUCGAACCAGGUCAAUAUCUGAUUCAACAGUUGAGUCAAGAUUACCUGAUAGGAUUAGCUCCGGUCUCGCAUCGCUACUCAUACACUGGAGAAUUGGAAGUUAAAGACAACGAUGUACCUGCGAAGAUGACUGUUAAAUUCCCUCUCAAUGUUCUUCCUGGUGAUGCAGUUUUCAAAGUUUUCAUGACUGAUUACGAACAUUACGCUGGAAUUUUCACAUGUCAGAAACUUCCUGUGGCUCAUCGUCAGUCAGCAACAAUUUUAUCUCGUACAAAGGACUUGGAUAAAGCUUAUGUUGAUAAGAUUCGUUCACGUUUGCAAAGCUAUGGCGUUGAUCCUUUCGAUCUCUCAAUCAUUAGUCAAAGCAAUUGUCCAUCAACAUCAAGAGAAACGAAGAUAAAUGUUGACAUUAAUCCUGAUACAUUCUCAUCACAAAACAUUGGUAAUUGGGUACGUAAAGCUGGAGAGAAGAUCGGUGAUGGUGUCGAAUGGACUGUCGAUAAAGCAAAGAAAAUUUAUAAAAGCGUUAGUGGUGGAUCUUCAGAUGAUCAACCAUCGGGAGAUCGCUCGGGAAAAUUGACUGAAACUGAAAAGCCCGUGUGGAUGCCAUAAUUAAUUUAUACUCGAAACAAUAAUCAAUCAAUCGAAAAUUCUCUUUAAAAUUGUAAUCUCAUCUGAAAACUCAAAAAUGAUUAAAAUUAAUAAAACAAAUAAAAACACAAAAUAAUUUUCAUUUGCUUCAA